CACACCUGCAUGAGCUCCCAUGACAUGACGAGCUAUCGAACCAUCAAGAAGUGAGCCCAGAAGCUGAAUCUUGAGUGGCUGUCUCACUCUCAAGUCGGACAAACGUGUCCCUCGUUGUACCUAUUUCGUCGCAUUUAUCUCCCCUCCCUCUCCUCUCUUCUUGUGUUCUUCAUCAUGUCUGGCCAACGUAUUCUCCUCUUUAUUGUAGCUCAGGCUCUUUUUGCUGGACUUGCUGUAUUUCUCGCUAAUUCGCCGUAUCUUGAUAUGUCCGCCUCACCGACUGGUAGCCAGCCAUGGGCUGAUGGACCUAUGAAGCUGGUGACAACACCGCAGUAUGAGACUAAGAAGACCGAUCUCUUCACCACAGGCGCCACUCACAUGGCGCUUUUGCACAAUGCCAUUAUUCGUGGCUUCAAUUCCAUCUACCUCCAAGCUCCUCACGUAAAGGACGCCGACAAGGCCGACUUCAUUGGAUAUUCUCAGACUUGGUUCAAGUUCGUCAAGUCGCACCACGAUGAUGAGGAGGACAACCUCUUCCCCAAGGUCCAAGAGCUUCUUGGUGACGAGCCAGUUUGGGACGAGACUCACCAUGAGCAUGAGUCCUUCCUUGCGCCCCUCGCCGAGUUCAACACAUACCUCUCAAACCUCGCCUCGCCCACUGAUCUCGACGGCGCUCAAGUCAUCAAGCUCAUGGAUGCCUUCAAGGAGCCCUUCGAGCAUCACUUCCACAGCGAAAUCUCCACCAUCGCCGCUCUGUCAAACCACCCCAAGGCUCCCAAGGAAGAUACCCCUGAAGGCGCUGCCGCCGGCCUGACCUUCAAGACAUGGGGCAAGAAGACAGUCACAAAGGCCGGCGUGCUCGAUGUUGUGCCUUUCUUCCUCCUGAACUUGGAUCGAACCGCCGAAGAGGGUAUGUGGGCUAACUGGCCUCCAAUGCCUGCGCCUAUCUCUUGGGGUCUGACAAAUAUCGCGGGUUCUUGGUACGGAAAGUGGUGGAAAUUUUCGAGCUGUGAUUCGCAGGGCAAGCCUCAGGAGCUCUAUGCUCUUCGGGGUCUGAAGCAGUGAUUGGGAAGUUGGGUUCUUUCAGUCGGGUUUCGGAUGAAACAUUGCUUGUGUUCUUCUUUGGCGUUGUUUGGAAGUGAAAGGAUGAAAACUAUAGUUUUAUUAGUCGAAAAAAUUCAAUGGAUCGGUGUGCCAACAA